AUUGCAGAUGGCGACGUCACAGGCCGAGAAAGUACGAGAAUUCCUCACCUGCGUGAUCUGCCAGGAACUGUACACAGACCCCUGUACACUGAGGUGUGAUCACACAUUCUGCAGGAAAUGUGUCACUGAGUACAUCCAAACCAGACCAGAUGAUGUACAGUCCAAGACCAUCCCCUGUGCUUUCUGUCGACAAGAUACCAAGGUGCCCCACCCCAACCAACCAGUGGAGGAGUGGGCGGGGCAGAUGAAACCCAGCAUCAUUAUACAGGGGCCGAUUGACACACAAAGUGAAGCUGUCAAAACAGAUACCGCUGACCAGCAGUGCACAUUGUGUGUGGCCGUAGGGUAGACAACUCCUGGAGCCUCGUGGUGUCAUGAGUGUGAAGUUACCCUUUGCAAAAGAUGUUCCAAGAUUCAUCACGCAAGUCCGACCUCACGUGACCAUGAUGUCGUUGAUCUUUGCACAGGGAUCAGGGUUAAAACAAAACGCAGGGUUAUGUGCACAGAGCAUACAACGGAAGCCAUCAGUCUUGUCUGUAAAGAUUGCCGCAAGGCUGUGUGUCCGACAUGCUGUGUUGUUUACCACAGGAAAUGUGAGUCUGUCUUUACCAUAGAUUCUAUGAAGGCAACAAUGAAAUACCACUUGACAAGAAGGAGAAAUAUGAUGGCGAAGAAAAUAGAUGGAAAACAAACAAAUGUUCAGAAUACAAAAGAAAAGAUAAAGGGAAUUAAGGAGCAUAAGUCAUCAGUGGAAUUCCAUGUCCAAAAUGCUGCUGAAAGAGCAAUUGAAAAUAUCAAACAAAAAGGUAAACAGCUGAUGAAUGAAAUCACAGGAAAUACAGAAACUGAAUCCAAACAGUUGCAAGAUGAUGUGAAGCGUGAAGAGAUUGAGAUGCAGAUGUACAUGCAGCAUUGUGAGUUCAUUGACCAGGUCUUGAUGUCGGACACUGAGAUGGAUCUCUAUGACGCGCAUCAGGCCUGGGAGGCGGGGGGUGUCAGGGACACAGACUCGUCAGACACACGAAGAAUAGAUGACAUCAGGUUCACACCAGAUAUUGUCAACGUCCAGCACAUCCUCGAUGACCUACAGCUGGAGAAGAUUGAAGAUUCAUACCAAGAUGAGGGUCGAUUUUUGCCGUCUCCAGUAGUUGUUGACAUAAUACAUGGCACAAUGGAGAGUGAUGUGAGUCUACCUAUGCUACAUGACGUCAUGGUCCUGGUUAUCAAUGGCAUACAGACAGUUGUAGUCACUGACCACAAGAACAAAUGUGUCAAGUCAUUCUACACAACGCACAAUCAUCAAUAUCACAGUGCAUUUCCUCUGCAAUACAACUCAUGGUGCUUAGCACAGUUGCAUGAGAACAAAGUGAUGAUUUCUAUGCCAUACCCUUGUCAGAUUCUCACACUAGAAGUAUAUCCUGACCUUCGUCUACUCUCGACCAUCACAACCAGCAAGGGAUACUACAGUAUCGCUGUUCUGAGUCCUUCCUCUCUAGCAGCAGGUGGUGACGGGAGUGUUGAUGUGCUGGACAUGGCAGGCCACGUGCUGAAGUCUGUCACUACACACAACAAUGAGACACUGUUUGACUCCCCCUUCUAUAUGUGUGUCAACAAGGGCUGCAUACUUGUAUCUGACUCGGGGAAGGGGUCUGUGACAUGCAUGACGUCAGAGGGUGAUGUUGUAUGGAGAUACGCCCCAACCGGAGACACGGCACUCGCUCCGCCUUGUGAUAUCACCACUACCAGCACCGGGCAUAUCCUGCUUGCUUACCUCGACUCAAACAGAGUCAUACAACUGACAGAGUCCGGGAAGUUUGUCGGAGAUGUUCUCACCACGCAAGAUGGUAUUCGUUGUCCGAUGGGUUUGUAUGAAGACAGACAUGAGUCACUGUUUGUGUGUACUAUUCGUGAGAUAAUAGAAAUCAACUUGUUUUGAGAUUGUAUGAGAAACAGUAAUAAGUGGCUGUUUCUGUCCAGUUGAUAUGGAUGGACCCAUCUGAUCACAGCGGA